GCUUCCUGACCCGCUUUCCCCGUGGUAGCGGCUGCAGGGAAAGUCUCGUGGUGUUGCAGCCCCACCUGCAAUAGGUGCUGGCGGCUACAGCCCUGGGCGGGACCCGUAAGGAACAUCUAGGAAAUCCCUGCAGCCGGAGUAUCCGGGAAACCUCGGGACUCGCCGGGUGACUGGAAGCGGUCGGCUCCCCAUCUGCCCUGAGAGCACUUUUCCAGUCUGUCAGCGGGCGACUGUUACAACACUCGGUACAAAGAGCCCCUUCUUCCAGAAGUAACCACAACCUUGCUGCCUGUUAAGCCUGUUUACUGAGAAGCCACUGGAUGUCAAGCACUGUGCACAGUUAUCUUCCAUUUUGAAACAGCUGGACCAGACAGGGUCUUGCUGAGUUGCUGAGACUGGCUUGGAACUCCCGAUCAUUGUGCCUCAGCCUACUGAGCUGCUGGGAUUAUAGGAUUGUUUCAGGUAGUUCCAUGGCUCUUUUGCAUUAUUCAAAGGAAACUUCAUAUUUGCUACCUCCAAACAAUGAGGACUGGGAAGAGAAAGGCAUCCCUGACUUUGUCUAUGGGCAGAAGGAACUUAUAGUGGAAGGCAUUCAGUGGCCAAGGAAUGCACCCAGCACCCUGGACACACCAUCGAGAUUUGACUCUGCCCUUUGUUCUGCCUGGAGGCAGAGGGUGGAGCUAGGGCUCUUUCGAUACCGCCUAGGAGAGUUGCAAACUCAAACCCUCCCUGGUGCUGUGGGUUUUGUGGCUCAGCUAAAUGUGGAACGAGGUGUACAGAGGAGACGUCCUCAGAACAUCAAGAGUGUAAGGCAGGCAUUUGACCCUGAACAGUUUAACUUCAACAAGAUCCGGCCAGGAGAAGUUCUCUUCCGUCUGCACCGGAAGCCCAAUGACUGUAGUGCUGUCCAGCAAGAGGACAUCCUGGUGAUAAUCAAUGUCAGUCCCCUGGAGUGGGGCCAUGUGCUGCUGGUUCCUGAGCCUACGCGGGGGCUACCCCAGCGCCUGCUACCAGGUGUGCUGCGGGCAGGGCUUGAGACUGUGUUGCUGAGCUCUCACCCAGGCUUCAGGGUUGGCUUCAACAGCCUGGGGGGAUUGGCCUCAGUGAACCACCUCCACCUGCACGGCUACUACCUGGCCCACAGAUUGCCUGUGGAGGGGGCACCAAGUGAGGCUCUAGACCCAGGGGGCCAUUUGUAUUUGCUCCAGGCUGUCCCAGCUCCUGGUUUCCUCUUUUACACUAGUGGGCCAGGGCCUGACUUAGAAGCCUUGAUUAGCAGGGUAUGUCGAGCCACUGACUACCUCACUGACCACGAAAUUGCACAUAACUUGUUUGUAACUCGGGGAGCUCCACCUGGAAAGGCAUCAGCAUCCACAAUGCUCACAGGGGUCCGAGUAAUUCUGUGGGCCCGGAAGUCCAACUUUGGAAUAAAGGAAGGUGAGGCUUUCAAUGUUGCCCUCUGUGAACUGGCUGGCCACCUCCCUGUCAAAACAUACCAGGACUUCAGCAGCCUGACAGAGGAGGCUGCCCUGGCCCUCAUUCAGGACUGUCUGCUGCCCCCAGCACAAGCAGAUGAGAUACAGGAAGCACUGGUAGCCUUGAUGGCCCAGGAAGAGCUGUGAUCCUUCUGGAGGUAUUUAUUUGCUAACUGACUGAAUCCCUUUCCAUUCAUAGUCCUUCAUUGUCUAGUCAUCUGGUCAUUUAUUUUUAUGAUUGCUUUCCUAUUUCUCUCAGCCUAAGGGGAAGAAUAAAGAAAGAACUGAUGACUGGUCUUGGUGAAGGAGAGAAACCUUGGAAUAAAUUGAAUCAGCAUGCUCUCCUGGUUA